GGAGCCUACAAUUGUGGAAGAAUGGGGCGGAACACAUCAUUGUAUUGCACACCUCUAAAAAAAAAAAAAACAGUGCUCUGAUUCAUAAAUAUAAAAAGAUCCUCUGAGGAGGGCAGUGUUUUUUGUGUGUGAUGGCAACUUCACUUCUAGGGGAGGAGCCGAGAUUAGGAUCGACUCCUUUAGCCAUGUUGGCUGCGACAUGCAACAAGAUAGGGAGUCCGAGCCCUUCACCCUCCACAAUAUCGGAUAAUUCCUCCUCAUCAUUUGGAAAAGGCGGCUUCCACCCGUGGAAAAGAGCCGCGUCGAGCAGCUGCAGCCUCGGAUCCGGCCUGUCCGGCUUCGGGGUGUCCCGCAAUGUCUCCGGCAUCUCGGACUCUUUCGUCAACACCUCCGCCUCCAACACCAGCGCCUUUUCUCUCACAUCUGGCGCAUCCUCCGGCGCGCACUUUGGAAACGACUAUUCGGUGUUCCAAGCGUCGGUUUCGGGCUGCGGCUCCUCGCAAGAAAGCAGCAGCAGCCACCAGCCGGUUUUCAUCUCCAAAGUGCACACCUCGGUGGACAGCUUGCAGGGCAUUUAUCCCAGGAUGAGCGUCGCGCAUCCCUACGAGUCCUGGUUCAAGUCGUCUCAUCCCGGCAUCCCCACCGGAGAGGUCGGAACCGCAGGAGGAGCGACUGCGUGGUGGGAUGUUGGAGCCGGAUGGAUUGAUGUGCAGAACCCAAAUGGAGCAGCACUACAUUCAAGUGGACUCCAGGGCUCUUUGCACUCUCCUCUGGGCGGAUAUAACUCAGAUUACUCCACUUUAAGUCACUCUGCUUUCACCACAAGUCCAUCUCCACACCUGUUGACACCUGGCCAGCACCUGAUGGACGGUUUCAAACCGGUGUUAUCUUCAUAUCAGGACACAAGCCCGUCUCCCUUAGCUGGAGCAGGUGGGACCAUGCUCUCUGGAGGUCCACCUGCGUCUUUAUCCGGCUCUCCGAGGUCUUCAGCCAGGAGGUACUCAGGUAGAGCCACCUGCGACUGUCCGAACUGCCAGGAGGCGGAGAGACUUGGACCUGCUGGUGCCAGCCUCCGGAGGAAAGGUCUCCACAGCUGUCACAUCCCGGGCUGUGGGAAGGUUUACGGGAAAACGUCGCACCUGAAGGCUCACCUGAGGUGGCACACCGGAGAGAGGCCGUUCGUGUGCAACUGGCUCUUCUGCGGGAAGAGGUUCACGCGCUCCGACGAGCUGCAGCGACAUUUACGCACACACACAGGUGAGAAGAGAUUCGCCUGUCCGGUGUGCAACAAGAGGUUUAUGAGGAGCGAUCACCUGAGUAAACAUGUAAAAACUCACAGCGCCGGAGGAGGAUCAUCCGCCGGUUCUGGCUCCGGUGGCAGCGGAGGAAAGAGAGGGAGUGACACCGACAGCGAGCACAGCGCACCGGGGAGCCCUCGGUGCCAUUCACCGGACCUGUUACACCCACCGGAGAACAGCCAGGGAGGAGGCAUGAACGGCCUCUAAAACUACACCCUCAGUGAGGUAAAAACACUG